AUGGCAACUCUCAGUGUAGAACUAGCCACCAAGCUCGUCUUCUGGCUUUUUAUACAGAAUUCCCUAUGUUAUGAACCGACCUGGGAGUCUUUGGACACUAGGCCACUACCCAGCUGGUACGAUGAGGCCAAGCUAGGAAUCUUCAUCCACUGGGGCGUGUUCUCUGUGCCAAGUUUUUCUUCAGAAUGGUUCUGGUGGAAGUGGCAGGGAGAGCCAACUUCAAAUGUUGUAAACUUCAUGGCGGAAAAUUAUAGACCGAAUUUUACAUACGCCGAUUUUGCUAAAGAUUUUACCGCUGAGUUUUUCGAUCCAUCCGAAUGGGUAGAACUUUUUCAAAGCUCAGGGGCAAAAUAUCUUGUAUUUGUCAGCAAACAUCAUGAAGGUUUCACCAACUGGCCUUCUAAAUACUCAUUUAACUGGAACUCAUUAGCUGUUGGUCCAAACAGAGAUAUUGUUGGUGAGCUGAUGAACGCCACAAGAGAACAUACAGAUCUGAGGUUUGGCUUAUAUCACUCCCUGUUUGAAUGGUUUAACCCACUUUACCUUGCUGACAAGCAGUCUGGAUUUGCGACACAAGAUUUUGUCAAUCACAAAACCUUACCGGAACUCUACGAGCUUGUGAACACUUACAAGCCGGAUGUUGUCUGGUCUGACGGGGAUCAUGAGGCUAAUGAUACUUACUGGAAGUCUAAAGAGUUCUUGGCUUGGUUGUACACAGACAGCCCAGUUAAGGACACUGUUGUAGUCAACGACAGGUGGGGUCAAGGCGUCUCCUGUCAUCACGGUGAUGUGUUCACAUGCAGAGACAGGUACAACCCAGGGGUUCUUCAGAAGCAUAAGUGGGUCAAUGCCAUGACCAUUGAUACACGAUCCUGGGGGUUCAGAAGGAACGCUGCCUUGUCUGACUAUCUGACCAUUGAGGAGUUAUUGCAGACUUUCAUAACCACUGUCAGUUGUGGAGGUAACAUGCUGAUGAAUGUUGGACCUCCCAGUCACGGUUUUAUUUCUCCGAUUUAUGAGGAACGUCUCCGCCAGAUGGGGUCAUGGCUGAAGGUCAACGGAGAGGGUAUUUACAGUUCAAAGCCAUGGAGCUAUCAAAAUGAUACUCUGACUCAGGGUGUUUGGUACACAUCUAAAACUAAUACAUCAGGCACUGAUGUUUAUGCUUUCAUCUUUGACUGGCCAUCUACCUCAGUACUCUCUCUUGGACUACCAAAAACAUCUGCAGCUACCACCAUUUCCUUGCUGGGUUAUCAAGAACUCUUUAGCUACACCACCAGGCAGCCUGCAGGAGUUGACAUUCUGGUUCCAGCCAUUCCAAUUAGCAAACUGCCAUGUCUGUGGCUGUGGGUCUUCAAAAUCACGGCAGUUGAAAAUUAG